GCCCUGCCCCGCCCUUCUGAGGCUGGGCUGCAGCUCAGCAGCCCACGUGGGGUCUGGGAGAAGAGGGUGAGAGAAUGAGGGAGAGUGUGUGUGUGUGUGUGUGUGUGUGUGCCCGCGCACACACACACGCAGGAGGCCCAGCGCGAGGAGCCUAGUGCGUCACUGUCGCUGGGAAAGUAGACGCGUCUGACUCAGUGGGAACAUCCGGCAGGAGGGGAAGAUGAGAUCGCAGUGGCAUUUCCAAGCAGGAUGGGAACUCCGGGGCGCCGCAGACCGGGUGUGGGGUCAGGGGUGCUGUGUGAAGGCCUGGACAGGAAAGGGGCUAAGUAUGGUGUGGAGGGCGGUGGAAGGGGCAGUUCCAGGGAAGCCGUUCCAGGCUAGACCUCCGGCUGGCUGGGCUGGGCUGGGCUGGGCUGGGAAGGAGAGAGAGGGCAGCUGGGCUAUCUGCCCUGGAAAGAGAAAGGGACAAGUGUGGCCUGGGUUUAGGGAAACUGAGGCCCAGUCUGUUAGGAUGUGGGGAAUGCAGGGGCUUCUGAGCUCACCACGUGGCCUGGGAGUUGGGUCCCUGUAACUACUGAAGAAGGCCUCCUAACACAGAGGGACCACCCCUGCCUGCACAGCCCUCAAGAUCCAAGCCUCAGAGGUCCCCCUGGGAGCGGGGUGGGAGAUGCUGCCAGGUGAGCUGCCUCUCUGGGCAAAGACCAGCCUCAGCUCCAUGGGGGAGAUUUGGGAAGAGUCUUUCCCAAGUAGGGCCCCUUCCUUUCUUGGGGUCAGAGAAAAGGCAGGGGUCCCAGGGGAAGGCAGCAGGUGGGCCAAGUCCAGAGAGUCUGAAAGGACCAGCCCUGGAGAACAAGGCUGGCGGGGGGUGGGGGGCCUGGAGUUCUGGAGUCUGAGAGGGGAAGGCUGUUGGCCAGCUUGGAGCUGGGAUGUCAAAGGCCCUAGAGGAAGACCCAGCUUCCUGUACCAAAGGGCUAGAAACCCAAACAGCUGAGCCUCUCAGGCAUGGCUGUACUUUAAAAACCAGAGAGGACAAUGUUCAGCCUAAAGGAAUGAAUGACUAAUGGUGUUAUUUUAGGUAUGUGGUAUUAUUUGGUGACCUAGGAGGGUGAACUUCUUGAUCCCCUUGAAUUACUUAAACCACACAGGACAGCCGAGGUAUGUUUGGGGAGGGGACUCUCAGACCACGGGGCUGGAUGGGCUCGGCUAUGUCCUGUAGGCCUUUCUCUACUAGAUGGGAGGGACACUGGCCUCCAGUGGCUGCCCAUCUGUCUGCUGGGGCCUGAGCCUCAGGUGACCACAGGGCCUGGGUAGCCAGGGCCUCCUUUGUGGGCCUGGCCCACCAGGGAGAAGCUCUGACGGUGUGUCUGGGGAUGCUGGAACAGGGCAGGGAGAGGUGCUGGGCAGGGCAAGCUGGCCACCAGUGCCCUGGUCCUUGCCCUCCCAGAGUGGAUGGGUGGGGGCGGUGACCGAGGCGUUCCUGGCUGGGAGCCCAGAGGCGUCUUUUGUAAUCACAACAUGAUCUCGUGUGCUGAGCAGUGAAGCCGGCAGGGAGAGGCCGGCAGAGGCCUGGCUCCAGGGCUCCGGCUUGCCUCCUGCCCUGGCUCCCUCGGGGCUGCUCUGGAAUUCUCUCGGUGCCUGCUGCCGCCAUGCACUUGGCUGGACCUCCUGGGGCCGAGUCCCCAUUGAGCAGGCAGGAGGAAAAGGACGCGGAGCUGGACCGGAGGAUAGUUGCCCUGCGCAAGAAGAACCAGGCCUUGCUACGCAGGUACCAGGAGAUCCAGGAAGACCGGCGGCAGGCAGAGCAGGGGGGCAUGGCUGUGAGCACACUGCAGCCCCUCCAACCUGACAGCCUCACUGUCACCAUCAGCCACGUUCCCGGCGAGAAGCGAGUGGUCAGCAGGAACUGGGCAAGGAGCGGCCUCGGGCCCUGUGCAGCCAGUGCGAUGCUCGAGGAGGAGGACGAGGACCAUGCUGCUGCCUUCUGCCUGGGGGAGCGGGUGGAGCUGGCUGUGACCAUGGAAAACAAGGCUGAGGCCAAGAGGAUUGUAAGUGAAAAGCCCACGAGAGCAAGGAACCAGGGGGCAGACGAGUCACCUGGAGGGGCCUUUGGAAGGAGCCCCCCAACACAGAUCGCUGCCAGCUCAGACACUGCACGGAAGGGUGCUCGGGAGCCCCGGGUCCCAGGCCUAGCUCCCUGGCGGCCAGCAGGGGCGCUCCCAGAGGUGGUCUGGGACUAUGACCAGUGGAAGCAGGAGCGGGAGCAGAUCGACCUGGCCCGCCUCGCCCGGCACAGAGACCCACAGGGUGACUGGCGCCGCCCGUGGGACCUGGACAAGGCCAAGCCCAUGCCGAAGGACUCCAGCAACCCCAGGGAAGAGGGCUCAGCCAGGGGGGGCAAGAGGGGUGCCAGGGGCCACCGGAAGCUGCAGCCUCCACCACUGCCCCCUGAUGGGAAAGGUGGUACCACUCGGGGUGGGCAACAUGGCAGACCCUCCAUGGCACCGGCCACAGGAAGCAAAGCCCGGGGGAAGGAACGGCUGACUGGCAGGGCCCGCAGGUGGGAUAUGAAGGAAGACAAGGAGGAGCCAGAGAGUCAGGAGGGAAGCCAAAGCACCAGAAAGACUCCACCUGAGGAGGGACAUGGACAGAAGCAGAGCGGGAUGGAGCCGGCUGGGCUGGAGAAUGUCUCUACCACCAGCCCAGCUCUGGCAUCCCCAGAGGGGCCAACGGGGGAGUCAGGGGCUUUGGCAGCCAAUUUGGCCCCUGGAUCUCCACAACAGACUGACUUGGCUCCCCUUGACCUCUCUCUAGGAGGGACCAGAAGCUCUGGGCCUGAGGAAAGCAUGUGUGUGCUCAGUCCAGGGCCUGGGGCCCAGGAAAACCCCGUGUCCUGGCCAGAUGGUUCAGAGCAGCCUCUGGGAUGGACCGAUCACCAAGCCGAACCAAAAGUCCAGACUCGCUCUGAGCUGCAGAGAGGAGCAGGGCCCCUACAGCUCAGAGAAGAUGGGUCUGGCAAAGUGGGGGCCCAGCAGGGCCUGGCACCGAGAAGCAGACCCCUGAGAGGAACCGGCCAAAGGGCAAGAGGCACAGGAGGUGUGAGGAGCAGGACAGGGGGUCCUGGGCCUGCAGGGAGAUGCUGAGCACAGCUCCUGGCAGCUGGGGAGCCGGGACGGGAGAGGAGGCGGGAAGAGAUCAGUUGAGAGUCUUCUGUGUGAUGAGCAUCUGGCUGCUGGAGGCUUGCCCCAGGCUGGCCGAGCAGUUUGGCAAACUCUCUGGCAGAGCGAUGUGAUGAGGGCAGAGCUGUCUCCUUCCCCGUGUCUCACCCACACUUCCCUGUGCACACGGGUUUUCACAUGCAGGGCUCCAGCCCUGCUGUAUUCCCUUGGUCAGCCCUGUCCUGGCCUACUGCUGCCCAGGCCACAAGGCUACCCCGCCAUGGUGGGGGGACAAGGCUUGGAAGCCCUUGGCACCUUGCUCCUUAUCAUCCCCAGAGGCCUGGGCUCUUGCCCCAGCUACCAGCUUCAGGUUCCUCAGGUUCAGGCAGCCUCAGCAGCUGGCAUGGCCAGUGAAGGCCUGGGCCCUUUCCCACACCCUGCCUUGAACCCAGGUAACUCAUAGACUGUCAGAACCAGGGGAAUCUCAGUAAUCGCCUGCCCAGCCUUCUCCCUUUCCUGAAGAGGGGCUGAGGCCCAUAGAGGGGAAGGCCACACAACUGGCAGGGGCUGAGCUGGAAAUAGAAAAGUAGAAUUAGAUCUUCUCUGGGAAGCGCAUGGUUUCUGGAAAGGCCUCCUCCCUGAACUGGGAUGGUAUGGGGUGGGGGCCUCCUCUCACCACUGGAUGGGAAGAGCUCACCACUAGGAACCCUUGCAGGUCAGACGUCAGUGUACCCAGGGUCACUUCCUGCCCACUCCCACUUCCUCUCCCCCCACCACCUCCCCUAGCCGUGACCAGGCUAAUGCACAGACUCAGACAGGGACUCAGGAGACAGAGAAACAGAGACUCCAUCUAAGUAUGACAACAGGACUUGUCUCUCCCAGUUCGGCUCCAUUCCUGCCCUCCCCUGGGGCCCACGUCUGGUGAAUUAUCCAGACUCCGCACAAGCUGUGGCUUCCUCUCAAUUCAACAAACAUUUCCUGAGCACCCACUACGAGUAAUCUGGCCAGUGGGCGCUGGUGACUUUGCCAACAAGAGGGAGGGAAGAAACCCAGUAAUCCGGCAUAUCCAGGCUGACAGCUGGAGCUGAAUGGCCUUCUUGGCUGAGGUGCCUAGCAGGGGCUGGGGCAGGAUGGUGUCAGGCCCCAAAGGGAAUGGCCCCACUUCUGCUUGGCAAAGGCCGGUGUGCCUCUUUCUUGUGAUGUGUGCUCUUUGCUCUUGAACCCUGGUUUGGAUGCCACAAGUGGUCCCCUCCGUCCCCUCCUUAGUGGCUCUGCAUGGUAGUUCCUCUCUGCUCAGGGUCUUGGGCUCACUUCCUCUCUGAGGGCUUCGGGGAGUAUCUGCAUGAUCCCCAGAAUUUCUCCACUGUUCAAAGUGAGGCCUAACCUGUGGUGUCCCACCGCCUCCAUACAGGAGGCAUAGGGAUCAGGUAUCUCUUCAACAGAUCAGACCAUUGGGGCGCGGGGGCUUCUCAGACUUUAAUGUUCAGAUUAAUGCAAAUUCUAAGUCAGGAAGUCUGGAGUGGGCCUAAGAAUCUGCAUUCCUAAUAGCUGAUGCCUACGCUGCUGGUACCAGACUACACUUUUUGAGUAGUAUAUGGAUAUAUAUAUACACACACACACACACACAUACAUAUAUAUAUACACAUAUAUAUAUAUAUAUAUGGAGGGUUGGGGGGCUAAGACUGACUCUAGGUUCUAAGGGCUGGUGUCUGGAUGUGUGGAGGAUGGGGUGACAGCUGUCCAUGCUGGGUAAGGGUGGGUGGGAAGUGGAGGCUCCUGGGGAAGAUAAUUUAGAGGGCAAUGAGUGGGUGUUGCCACCUUCCCGUGGUGGGGAGUAAGAAAGCUGGUUGGGAAUGGGAUGGGGUGAAGGAGAGGGAUAGAGAUCGCAGGGGUUGAUGGGAGGAAUUUGAGCUCGGGGAACACCCUAUGCAGGUGGGAGGAGGACCCCUGUAAGACAGGCUGGGCCAGGGUGAAAGACUCUAGGCUCAAGUUUUCCUCUUGCCUUCCAGUCACACGUAUGUGGCUUUGGAGGGCGCCACAGGCCCUGAAGCCUGUGACUCCCAAAGGAUGGUGCCGAGGUAGAGCAGAGCCCUUGAAUUUGGAUGUCUCCACGAGCUCUUCUGAUCAAGAAUUUGAAUUACAAGAUCCACACACUGCUCCCAAACCCCCAGUGCUGCCAACUGUAUACAGCUGUGCCUUCUUUAAACACUAGAUGCAUGUCUGCCUAUGGGAUGGGGGAUGUAAAAAUCGGCCGAGCUCUGGUUCAGCCGUCACAACGGGAUUUACAGAGGCGGGAAAGCUGGGCAGAAGGGCUCUGGACAAACAGGGCUUCUCUCCCCGGGGGUAGCAUCCAGAAGGAUGUUGGGAGAAAGGAUGUCCUGCGAGUCGCUAGGGGUUGCAUAGUAUGGAGACUGGGCACAGGGCAUUCUCACUGUAGGAAGAUUGUAGUGCAAGGCAAAUAACACAACUUUCCUCAAUAAAGGGGAGGUCUACCUUGGGGUAAAGGGAGUCAGAGCUAUGGUGCCACCCCUCCUGCUCUCUGAUGGAGCCUGCUAUGGAGUAGACACCCACCCCCACCCCUGGGCAUCAUGAAAGGCUAGCUGUAUCUCUUUCUGGCUCCUUUGUUCAAAGGCUUGGCUGAGUUCUCCUCUGGCUGCCCUUCUCUUCCAUCAACACACAAGACUCAAAGGGGGGCAGCUAGCUCUUCCCUACACAAGGCUAUCAGAAACCCUGGCACAGAGCUGGAGGGACUGAGAGAGGAGAGGACACUAGUAAGGAGGCAGCAGAGAGAUGACAGCUUCACCUGCAGCUGUAAAGUGAGGAGGGCGGAAGAGGCCCACUUUCCUUUGGCAGCAGGGCAAUGCAGGAGGGGGUGUUUUGUGGACAGGCAACAUGGUAGAGUGGAAGCAGCACAGGCUGGAAUCCCAGACUGGGUCUGAAUCCUAGGUCUGCCAUCUGCUAGCUGGGUGACCUUGGUCAAUUUUAACCUCUAUAAGCCUCAGCUUCCUUAUCUGCAAAAUGGAGCUAGUAAUACCUACCUUCAAGGUCGAGAAAAUUAGAGAUAAGAGAAUCCAAAAUGUACCCGGCACACACAGUAGGCAUUCUAUUAACAGUAGCCAGCAUAUAAAGGAUACUCAGUGAAUAAAUGAAGUAGCUAUUUGGUGUGAUCUCUGUCUACUUUGUUUUCUAUCUUCUCUUAGCCUCGCCUUCACUAGGGGGUCGAUAUGCUCUCAGGGAAACAGGGAUGGCUUGUAACGUUAGUCCAGCCCUCCAGGACAGUUAGCUUCUUUUAAUCCCUCUAGGUGGUCAUCUAGUUAUAAGCCUCACAAAGGGAUUCUGCUUUCAUAGGGAGGGUCCCCUGCCCUCAGCCACCAGCUCUAUGACAAGGAUGUCUUCAGCACUUGCCUCUAACUUCACAUACUGGCUCUUAAACAGCUCAGAGCGGUUCCUCUUCUGUCUACAUCAGUAGUGAUCUUAUGAAAUCCCACCACAAUGCUUGAUUCUUCUUUUCCCCAGAAACAAAUCCCCUUAUGGAGUUUGCUCCACGCCUCCCAGAGUUGAGUUUUGUCACCCAAAGGGGCACCAUGACUCUAUUUCCUUAUGGUCAAGGAACGACUGGGAAUCACUGGAAGCAGGGAAAAGUGCCCAGCUAUCUAACAAGGCACAAAUUUAGAGGGUUUAACCACCAAUCAGCUCCAACCCCAACCCUGGCCUCAGGGACAAGAGUAAUAGGAAAAGAUGGCACUAGCCCCCAAAAGAACAAAGGAAAUGGCAAAAAUUCCCAUAUGGUCCUUUUUAUUUUGGGGACUAAGCCAUGGGCUCAAAGGGAAUAAAAGAACCUAACGACACC